AUGCGCCCUUCUUUGAGCACAACGACCACGCAAAAUCUCUAUGAACCCUAUGUCUUGUCUUGGAGACCAGAAGAGAACCCAUUGGAUCUCAACAAUUUGCCUGAUGAGUACUCUAGAGAUGGUAAACAAGCCUUCCAAGACAAUUCCUCUUCUGGGGGCAGGAAAAAGAAAAGCAGCUUGAAGGACGCAAAAGAGGAGUGUGGGAAGGUCUACGAGUGUAGAUUUUGUUCCCUUAAGUUCUGCAAGUCACAGGCUCUUGGGGGACACAUGAACCGCCACCGCCAAGAAAGGGAAACAGAGACGCUGAACCAUGCUCGUCAGCUGGUCUACCGUAACGAUCAUAGCCUAUCCACUCAAGCUUCCCCUCAUCUAGGAUGCUGUCAACCAAUAGCAUCAGGUGGGAGCUACCACCCUGCAAGCAACAUGGGAGACCCAACGAUGCGUCUCAGACUCCCAAGAAACAUGUCUGCAAGUUCAUCCUCAGUCCACAUGCUCCCACCACGACCUCUUGCUUCACCACAACAUCAUCAACCAUCUCAGCAUUUUUUAUACGCUUCACCUGCACACUACUCUCACACGCAUCCAAUGAAGGAUUACUAUGUGGGUCAUGUUCUGAGUGGUGGCGUGACAAAGCAACACAACCUCAACGACUACACUUGCAUUGGGGCACCUGUGGGACAACCAUUUGGGGGUGGUGGUAAGGACAUGUCACUACAGAAUCAGGAGGAUGGAUUGAGUUGGGGAAGGAGCUCUUCAGCGAUCAAUCGGUUUCAAGAUGGGUUCUAA